AUGACUGCUUUUCGUGCGGGGAAAACAGGCGUUCUCGACGAAAACCGCUUUAUCGAUGUUGAAUACAGAGGGUAUGAGGAAACUGAGUGGUACCACUUACGUGGAGCAGAUGAGGCUAUUGAUUUCCAUUACUACUGCACCAAAUGCGAUCUCGAGUUCCACAGUGAAUGUUACCAGUUUCCAAGUAAGAUGAUUCAUCCUUACCACCCUCAACACCCUCUCACUUUCACCUUUCUAAAUUACGAAACUGGGAUCAUGGCCGACACCAGUUUCCGUGAAUUCUAUCACGCUCGAGAAAUCUGUGGAGACUCAGAAAAGCAAUGCGAUGCGUGUAUCCGUCCUGUCGGUUCUCAUGAUCAUUUCUACAGCUGUAUCGAAUGUGAGUUCUUACUCCACGAGUUCCCGAGUGGUUCACCCAUAAAAGUCAUCAACAACAUCUCUUAUUCAUCUCCCAUCUUACAACGCUUAGAUGAAAUUCUCUGCCAAGGUUGCAAGGGGAGUAUUCGCGGGGAUCAUCUACAUUGUACUCUAUGCGAAUUCGCUAUAUGCUACAAAUGUGCCACAAUUCCAGAUGAGAUAUACCACAAAUAUGAUGAGCAUCCUCUCUCCCUUUGUUAUGGGAAAAGUGGUGUGGAUGAGGAUGAGGUGUGGUGGUGCGAAGUUUGUGAGAAAAGAUUAGAUCCAAGGAAUGGUUCUACACAACAAAUAGCAGCGAUCAACGUUGCACCACAAUCCACCAUGAAUGUUUAUUCGGAGAUUCUGCUUUAUUUAAGGCUGGUCAUAUAUUUGGUGACAUUGUGGAAGUUGUUGGUAACGAUAGUUGCUCUCGUCCCAUUUGUGGUAAGUGUCAUCGCCGUUGCCGACAUUCUGUAUACUUCAAAUCUGUAUACACCAAAGUGCAUAGUUGGAACAGUAGGGGCAGCAACAUAUGUUAAGAAGUUACGCUUCUUUGUUCUGUUCUUUGUCUCUCAAACUCCUCUUUGCGGAGCUCAGCUCUUCACAAACGCUUCUUCUAUUAAUGUUAAGAGGUAG